AUGUCCGCCAUUGAUUAUCUGCUCCACGAGAGCUCGGUGGGGUAUGCGAUCUUCCAGGUCGUGCACCAAGCCGAUGUGGUUGGGAACCGAUUGAAGGAGGUUCAAGAUGCGGCUCAGGAUUUAGCAAAGUUCGGGAAGAUGGUCAAGCUUGUCAGCUUUGCGCCAUAUAGAGGAGCGGCCGAAGCUCUUGAGAACAUCAACCUGGUAUCCGAAGGCGUCCUGUCCGACUACCUCCGCUCGAACCUCGAAUUGAACUUGCCAAAGCCUUCCAAGAAGAAGAAGGUCGUGCUGGGAGUGUCCGAUAAGAAUUUGGCCGGAAGCAUCAAGGCUUCGUUCCCUGGUGUCGAUUGCGAGACGGGCGAGACCUCCGAAGUCGUUGCAGACUUACUUCGUGGCUUGCGGUACCAUGCGGGCAAGCUCCUAAAGGGUCUUCAAGAGGGCGAUGUCGAGCGAGCACAACUCGGUCUAGGUCACGCAUACUCCCGCGCCAAGGUCAAGUUCUCGGUCCAGAAGAAUGAUAACCAUAUCAUCCAGGCCAUCGCAACCCUGGAUCACCUCGACAAGGCUGUCAAUACCUUCUCCAUGCGUGUUCGCGAAUGGUACGGCUGGCACUUCCCUGAGCUCAUUAGAAUCGUUUCAGACAACCACACCUACGCCAAACUCGCACUACACAUUGGUGACAAGCAGACUUUAACCGACGAAUCUCUACAUGACCUUGCUGCCAUUGUGAACGACGAUGGAGAUAUCGCUCAAGCCAUCAUUGAUGCAGCACGCGUGAGCAUGGGGCAGGAGAUCUCAGAGAGUGACAUGGAGAACGUUUCGGCAUUUGCGAACCGUGUGGUUAAGCUGGCCGAGUACAGACGGUCGCUAUUCCAGUACCUUGUCGACAAGAUGGCUAUUGUUGCACCUAAUCUGGCCACCCUAAUCGGCGAGGUUGUUGCAGCACGGCUGAUCUCCCACGCUGGUUCCCUUACCAAUCUUUCAAAGUACCCCGCCUCGACUGUCCAGAUUCUUGGUGCCGAAAAGGCCCUGUUCAGAGCCUUGAAGACCAAGGGCAACACACCCAAGUACGGAUUAAUCUAUCACUCAAGCUUUAUCGGCCGUGCAGGCGCAAAGAACAAGGGCCGAAUCUCAAGAUUCUUGGCCAACAAGUGCAGUAUUGCUAGCAGGAUCGACAAUUUCUCAGAGGAGCCAUCCACCAAGUUCGGUGAGGCGUUAAGAAAACAAGUCGAAGAGAGAUUAGAUUUCUACGCAAGCGGAACCGCCCCAACGAAGAACGAGGAUGCUAUGAAAGCAGCCAUGGACUCAGUGCUAGCAGAUAUCAACGUUGCAGACCCAUCUGCCGAUGCCGACAUGGAAGACAUUGCACCCAGCUCCGUCCCCAAGCAAGAAAAGAAGUCCAAGGAUAAGAAAGAGAAGAAGGAUAAGGAGGGCAAGAAGGAUAAGAAGGACAAGAAGCGGAGACACAGCGAGGCUAACGACGACGUCGAAGUAGAUGCGGGCGAGAAGAAGAAGAAGAAGAAGUCCAAGAAUUAG